AUGGCAAAACUUUAUAAAUACCUCAGUUUCCCUGGAGCUCUGGCUUUUGUGAAGAAGUAUUUGAGAACAGAAUACGAUAGAUAUUUCCUGCUGGCUCUAGUACGCGUGAUUCUAGUGUUCCUGCCGCAGACAGGAUACGUGCAUAAGGAUGAAUUUUUUGACUCCUUCGAGGAUGCUGCUGGUGAUGCACUGGGCGUAGAUUCAGCAAGAGGAUGGCGAAUAGACGCUGAAGGCGUUCCAAAUCGUCAUAUUUUCUUCCCGUUGGCUUUGAUUGGAGGACCACUUUUUUUACUAAAGUACAUUCAAACCGCCCUGAGUUACAUAUCCGGAUUUCCAGUUCAAGUUGUGACCCCUUACUCGACACUAGUAGCACCAAGGCUACUGAUGUGCCUUUUGUCUUUUUUGGUUGAUUAUUGCAUGAUUGGAAUUUAUGAUACAAUAACACAAAAUAAUCCGAAGGCAGUCUCUUACAGAGUUAGAAGAUUGACAUUAUUAGCUGGAUCAGGAGCUAUGAUAAUUUAUGGAACGCGUACAAUAACAGGAGCAUUGGAAAUGUACCUUUUUACUGCUCUUGUUUAUGAGGUGACGCGUUCUAUAUGUCAUUCCAACGCAAGUACAGUUAUUAUUCAAGAAGAUGAGGUGAAAGUUAUUUCUUAUACCCAGAACGAAUUUGCGACAGCAAUGCCGAUUGCCGCUUUGGCGGUUUGCGGUUACUUCAAUCGGCCCGGAUUUGCCAUUUUUGCGGCUUUUCCAAUAAUUGCGUGGAUGCUGCGAACUGAAAGCGAGAAAAAUGAAUUGGGAAAUGCAUCUGUAGCAUUUACUCUCGCAAAACGCGUAUUAUCUUUGGCUCUGGGUGCUGCUCCACCUUGCAUAAUUUUGUCAGGGGUGGAUACGUUAUAUUAUGGAGCUCCAUCACCAUAUAAUGAACCUAUUGCAUUUGUGAAUCAACCUGCAGUGGAUGGUAGUGACCCAAGACCACCUUGGAUCCCAUUUUUCAAUGCAAUAUGCCUUUUCAAUAUACUUGGGAUCGUAGCAAUUUGGAGAUCCAUAAAUACUACUAUUUGUCUUCUGGUGAGGAAAAAUUAUUUCGCCGGCAAACGGAUGGAAGCAUUUCUCACAUGGUGUUCUGCUGGACCAAUAUUUCUAAUGGCGAUUUUAUCACCAUUUGGAUUAGGAGCAAAAGAAGACCACUACCUACUUCCAGUUUUACCAUUAUUUGUUCUCCUGAAUUGUGAUAUUUUUGAAUAUUACCAUCAUUAUAAUACACAACCAACCAAACAGCCGAGCAAUGAACAGAAGCAGGAACAAACAAAAUCUACAGAGGACAAAGAAAUUACAAGUGCACGUCAAAUAUACGUAUGUACAUGUCGCGUUCCCUCGAUUCCCGUCGCUCUGCUCGGUCUUCCCAAAGAACCGGAAGACUUAACGCUGCUGUAUGGCGGAUCCGGAGGCCAAAGGCGAAUUCGCUACGGAAGACGAGUCUACAUGAACGAAUUAGGAAACUGCAUUCACGGCUAG